AUGGAUGGCGAAGACCAUGCGACAAAGCAGUAUGACCCUUCGACAGUCCCGUCUAGACUUGGUCUAUCACGGCGCCUCGUGCAACAACAAAUGCCUCCUCGCCAGUCAGCAGAGCACUCUCGACGCCCAACGGCUCGAUCCACCGCUCGAUUCACACGCAGAGAGCACAUGCCACCCCCAGCGCAUGGGCAGAGAGUCGCUCAUCUGCCUGACUACGCGGCAUAUGCCUACCCAGUAGCCCAGCCAGCCCAUAGCCAAGGACUGCCGGUAGAGGCCAUGCAAAACGUGGCAAUGCAAUUCCAGUCACCCAUGUCGCCGGAUUCGGUGAGACAGCAAUAUUCUCCCCCGCAUGUCGACUAUCCCAUGUAUCGACAGCAGCAGCAGCAACAAGUUUCGUAUGAUCCCGGGCUGGUCUACGGUCUUGGCCAGGCAGGUCCGUCACAUGUGCCUUAUCCCAUCUCGCUUCCAGACUCAUUCCAGCCCCGUCAUACAGAGUCUGUAGGGUCUAUGUCGGCGCAGUUUGGCGUUCCACAAUAUCUUUCACCCGUAGUGCACGCGGGGUCUACUGAGACUGGGGUCGUCCCUCAAUAUUUAACUUCACAGGGGUAUCAUCAGGAGAGCCCUCAGCAUCGAUCUACGGCGGCCGCCUAUCCAGAUACGAUGACUGGUUAUCAUACGAUUGGCCCUAUUGAUGAUCUACAGCAACGAGACACUGCUCAGGAUGCAGGGAGUCUGAGUAACUCCUACAGAUGGUACCAGCAGGCUCUAAUCACUACAUUUGACUACACACGAGCAGGGCGGCUGGUGGAUGCAAGCGGUUUACUACUGGAACUCUCAGAGUGGCUGGUGGGUAAUGGGCGAGAUUUGGGUCUCUUUCGAGACGAGGCCGAUAGUCUUGCAGAACACUCACGACUAUGGAAUAAUCUGAACCUCUGUUGGCUUACCCUCUGCCAAAAACAGAAAGAUCUCACUCUCGCCGUGCUCGAAUCAGGGCGUGCGCAGAAUACAGCGGCUAUGUUGACGAUCGAGAUAAUGGAGCAUAUGGGCCAGGCGUUGAUCAAACUGUGUGACAAGCUGGAGCCCCAUGGACUGGUGGAUUACCAGCUUGGCCUGUGGGAGGAGGAGAUUCUUAGUGUCUUAGGCCAAUGUCUCGAUCUACUCAGCGACUCGCGACCAGCCUAG